AUGCUUUGGAGUUCUAUAUGCAACUACAAGUAUACAGCAUCUAGUUAUGUCAUUUCUCAACGAGGCUACAGAGUUCAGUAUCAUUCCAAGCCAGCUAAUGUAGAUGUUCCACGCACACUUGAGAACCAGGCUAGCGCCGGGCAAGUUGGAAUCUGCGUACUUGGCCCACAUGCAAGCAGAGGAAGGGGAAGUGUGACAAAGCAUUACCACAAUGCGGACAUUGCCGAAGGUAUAACUUCACCACUUUCCAUGUAUUCCCAGAUACUCACAUCCAACAGAAACGGUGGAAAAUGUGAAUAUCCAAGUGGUCUUCGGCCAUCCAACGCGCACAGCUCCUUGAUUGCCCUUCAGGCCCAACAGCGAGUUGUGCAGCAACCUUUCCCGCCUUCUUUCUUCCUGGAUAUGAAUAUCUUUCGCCAGGCUCGACUGGAACUUCCGCGGCCUAGUCUAGCAGUUCCGGCAUAUGUCAGCGACUUUCUGGGUGGAGAUGAGGAGGUCCGGCAGAUGGUGACAACCUUCUUCGGUAAUGUCUAUGCAUAUAUGCCGUGUAUAUCAAAGAGUUGGAUAUACCAGCAUCUCCUCAGUCCACUAUCCCCAGUCCAUGCAGAUUCCACUCUGCUCCUUCUUUCUAUGCAGUUAAUAAAUUGGACACCAACGGCAUCUGAUAGUCCCAAAUCCCCUGCGUAUAUCGCCGCCAAGCAGUUUUUCUUUGAGCUGGAGAAUGCUGGGAAUCUGAGCAUCAGACUCGUACAAGCUGGCAUCUUCAUAGCGCUUUACGAGCUUGGACACUGCAUUUAUCCGGCUGCUUAUAUGUCUGUAGGCACAUGCGCUAGACAUGCAGUAGCACUGGGACUUGACAAGGACAUAAAGCAGAGUAACGCAACGGGACUCCCGUGGGAUGAUAUAGAGGAGAGAAGGAGAGUAUGGUGGGCGAUUUUGAUUUUAGACAGGUUCAUCAACUUGGGAAAUCCACCACGUAUGCUUGCUACUGCGGACCCAGCAACUGGUGACAUUCUCCCAGCUGACGAUGCUUCAUGGGAGCAGGGGGUGUUGCAUGCCACCGAAUUAUUCACCAUAGGAUCCCAGUCACAACUACGAAUGGGACGAUUCGCACGAUUUGCUCAAGCAACAUAUCUUUUAGGACAAGUCAUCAGACAUGUCUCUGAUGAGCCUAGAGAUGACGCUUUCUACGUGCAAGAAGCGGCGCAAUUGAACCGCACUCUUCACGCUCUUAUUCACCUCUCCCAAUCUGAAGCAGAGACAAGAAGUCUUGAGUUCUGUACACAGACAGCAGCGUGCUACAUGUGA